AUGCCAGUGUAUGCUCAUUUGCUGGACAUAGCAUAUUGUGUGACCAAAUUCAAUCAAUUAGAGCCUCCAUUCCAAUGUGACAUGUCAUGUGAAGAGUUUGGUGGGAUGGAAUUGGUUUAUCAGUGGUACUUUGAUGAUGCCGUUUGUGGUUACAUUGCCAAAACCAAGCAAGAUAUCUUCAAAAAUGGCACCCUGUCUUCUUCGUCCAAAACGACGACUACAAUUGUAGUGGGGCUUCGAGGUACGCGUAGUUUUGGUGACUCCUUUGCCGAUUUACAAGUUGAUAUGGUCAACUAUAACCUACCCACAACGUAUCUUCCUCCAUGUUCUGGGUGCAAAGUACACAAAGGGUUCAUGGGAUAUGCCACCAAAACUAUUGGGAUUAUGGAGGCUAUUUUAAUAGGGGAAGUCAAAAAGGCAAUGGAAGAUGGAGGAUCGUAUCAGGUUAUUGUUGUGGGUCAUUCUCUUGGAGGUGCAAUAGCGUUAUUGGUUGCGCUUCGGAUCUUGGAUUUGAGUUACAACAACUUGAUGUGUGUAACAUUUGGUCAACCUUUAGUAGGCAACCAAAACUUUGUUCAAUGGACUGAUUAUGUGAUGCAAAGCAUGGAAUCUGAUAAGCUGAGUAGUUCUCGGAAGUUCUAUAGGGUCAUCCACAAGAAUGAUAUGGUCACUACCGUACCUAACAACGACCAAUUGCUCAUAAAUACAUAUAAGCAGUUUCUGAAUCAAAUAUAUUUAAACUGCUCAAACAACGACAUUCUGCCUCUGAGAGACCAGGUAGUGGACUGUGGAUUCGGUGAUAAUCCCUUAUGCAUAUCCAAAGAUGUUCCAAUCGGUCAUAACUACAUGCAAAGUCAUCUAACUUAUUUCAGACACAUGGGACUCUGCGGAAUUCAGGUUCCUACCUUGAAGCAAGACAGCAUACUCUAA